ACGCGUUUCACCUCCGAUGUCGGCUUUUUCAAGUGGUAUUCAGUUUGUUUUACUGUCCGGUUUAAAAAUGGUGUCUAUUCCCGCCUCUUCUCCUAUUCGCCAAUCACUUGUCCGAAACACGAGAAAGUCAGCUGUUCCAACUUGCGGCUAUGAUCGCUGUUACGUCACUUCCGGUUUGUACUGCCACAACGUCAUUUCCGGUUUUACC